AUGUCGCCGCCGCAGCGACAACACUCGACCGACUGCGCGCGCGUCGAGGCGCCGACGUCCUUGACCUGGCUUUUGCAGGAUCAGCCCUUUGAGCAGGAGGACCCGUCCUCGUUCUUCUACGUCAACCAAGAUAUCGACGCCGCAGGAAUCAAGGCCAACCGCGUGGCGCAGCUCGUGACCUUUGGCUCGUCCCUCGGCGCCGAGCCGACCGAGUGCAAGCUGCUCUUCGCCAUGCCCGAGGACGCGGAGAGCUGGGAACUGAUCCAGCGCGAGGGCGCCGCGGACUUGCGGGUGUUCCGGGUCCCCGCGGACGCCACCGACAUGGACGACGACGUCGUCCGUCAGAAGCGGAACCUUCUGGGCGCCGUCAAGGUGAAGCCCGGCACGCAGACGAUCGACCUCGGACGGUGCGACGGCGGCGGCAGCUUCGUGUUCGAGCUGGCGGACGGAGGACGGAGUCGCGUCGCGUUCCGCCAGGCCUCGAAGCCCGAGGACGGGUUUGGUGUGUUUAUGGGCAGCGGCUGUGCGGCGCGUAAGAGAGAAGUCCCCGAGGACUUGUAG